CAAGAACUCGAGGUGGGAGUUUAGGCUAAGAGCUGCAUCUUCUCAUUUAUUGGGUGCGCAGCUGCAGCUAGAGACUGCAAUCUGGGACUCUUACUGCUACUGUAAUGCUUGACAGGAGCUGUCUACAUAUCUAACACCAUCCCUGUUGGGAAGAGUCCAUCAAUUUCCUGUUGCAACGGCGAAGUUCAGCAGUGUCAGAUUACCAAAACAACUCCUCUGCUCCUCUGGAUUUAAAGCAAUCAGGAUGACGAAUGAUACAAAAGCGUAAAUCGAGGACCUUCAAGCUGAUUCUUGAUAGAAGACAACGCAGUUCAUAUAAAGAUGAUGAACGUAACAGUCCUUCAACAAGGAAAUCAAACUCUGACUGGGAACGGAACUAUUCAGAUUAGCCCCGCAUAUGAAAUUGUUACCAUAUUUUUGGUUUUACUAAUCUGUGGAAUGGGCAUAGUUGGCAAUAUAAUGGUAGUUUUGGUAGUCCUAACUACUAAACACAUGAGAACACCAACCAACUGUUACCUUGUCAGCCUUGCAAUAGCUGAUCUUAUUGUUUUAGUUGCUGCAGGUCUCCCAAAUAUAACAGAAAGUAUCUAUGGCUCCUGGGUUUAUGGUUAUGCUGGUUGCCUCUUCAUUACCUUUCUCCAGUAUUUAGGAAUUAAUUCCUCAUCCUGCUCAAUAACUGCCUUUACCAUAGAACGCUACAUUGCUAUUUGCCACCCGAUAAAAGCCCAGUUCCUUUGCACUAUCUCAAGAGCAAAAAAGAUCAUAAUAUUUGUAUGGGUUUUUACAUCACUGUACUGUGUAAUGUGGUUUUUCUUACUAGACACAAAGAAGACUUCUACAAAGAACAUGAAAAUUGUGAUUUGUGACUAUAAAGUAUCCCGGAAAUUAUAUCUACCCAUUUAUUUCCUAGACUUUGCCAUAUUUUAUGUGGUUCCUCUUAUAUCAGCAACAGUCCUCUAUGGACUUAUUGCAAGAAUUUUAUUCUUGAACCCACUUCCAUCUGAUCCAAAAGAAAAUAAAACGUGGAGAGUUGACUCAGUGCAUCAAGGCAGCAUUGUAAACCCUAAGAUGUCAAGCAGGUGUUCCAGCAGCACAAUUUCUUCAAGACGGCAGGUAAGUACUUCUGAUAUCAGAGACAGCAAAAUCCAAAGCAUUAGCCGAUUUAACUGCUCUGGUACAUUCCAAAGUAAUACUAAGGGAGAAAAACUAUAGAUACACAGACAAAGCUAAAG